GUUGUAAUGGGAAUAUGUGCUUCUUAAUCUAUUUUCUCCUAAUCCUCUUGCAGUGACUCCGUCGCUCGUCUUGUUUGUCCUUGAUCACCGUGGUGUCUAUCACAAGCAGGCUAAAGGAGGCGGCAAUCCAUACCAUUGUGUUGACAAGACCUCGGUGUUGCAAGAGGCAAGGGUGUUCAAUGAGACCCCUGUUAAUGUGAAAAGGAGCACCCAUGUCCUCACAAAGAUCCUGUACCUCCUUAACCAGGGGGAGAACCUUGCUGCCAAGGAGGCCACUGAUGCCUUUUUUGCCAUGACAAAGCUCUUCCAGAGUAAUGAUCUUGUGCUGCGGCGGCUUGUCUAUCUCGGCAUCAAGGAACUUUGCGAAGUUGCAGAGGACACAAUCAUUGUGACAUCUUCCCUAACGAAAGACAUGACUGGAAGGGAAGAACAGUACCGAGCUCCAGCAAUCAGGGCUCUCUGUCGCAUAACUGAUGCCACAAUGAUGCAAGCAAUUGAACGAUACAUGAAGCAGGCCAUUGUGGACAGAGCCCCUGGAGUUAGCAGUGCUGCACUGGUGUCUUGCCGGCAUAUUAUGAAGGAGUCCCCUGAUGUGGUCAAGCGCUGGGUGUCAGAGGUUCAAGAGGCUUUGAGUUCUGAUUGUGUUAUGGUACAGUUCCAUGCUUUGGGUGUUCUCCACCAGAUCAGAAAGAGCGACAAGCUUGCUGUCACCAAGAUGGUAUCUAAGUUGACAUCUUCUGGAUUGCGCUCACCGUAUGCCAUCUGCUUGUUGGUUAGUGUUUUGAGCAUGCUUAAUACAAUCUGUAAUACUUUUGCAGGAGGCGGCAAUCCAUACCAUUGUGUUGACAAGACCUCGGUGUUGCAAGAGGCAAGGGUGUUCAAUGAGACCCCUGUUAAUGUGAAAAGGAGCACCCAUGUCCUCACAAAGAUCCUGUACCUCCUUAACCAGGGGGAGAACCUUGCUGCCAAGGAGGCCACUGAUGCCUUUUUUGCCAUGACAAAGCUCUUCCAGAGUAAUGAUCUUGUGCUGCGGCGGCUUGUCUAUCUCGGCAUCAAGGAGCUUUGCGAAGUUGCAGAGGAUACAAUCAUUGUGACAUCUUCCCUAACAAAAGACAUGACUGGAAGGGAAGAACAGUACCGAGCUCCAGCAAUCAGGGCUCUCUGUCGCAUAACUGAUGCCACAAUGAUGCAAGCAAUUGAACGAUACAUGAAGCAGGCCAUUGUGGACAGAGCCCCUGGAGUUAGCAGUGCUGCACUGGUGUCUUGCCGGCAUAUUAUGAAGGAGUCCCCUGAUGUGGUCAAGCGCUGGGUGUCAGAGGUUCAAGAGGCUUUGAGUUCUGAUUGUGUUAUGGUACAGUUCCAUGCUUUGGGUGUUCUCCACCAGAUCAGAAAGAGCGACAAGCUUGCUGUCACCAAGAUGGUAUCUAAGUUGACAUCUUCUGGAUUGCGCUCACCGUAUGCCAUCUGCUUGUUGAUUCGUAUCGUUGCGCGCCUCAUCGAAGAAGAUGAAGCAAAUGCCGAUUCUCGGCUGUUUGAUUUCCUUGAGUCCAUGUUGCGCCAUAAGGCUGAGAUGGUUAUUUAUGAAGCAGCCAAUGCCAUUGUGACCCUCAAGAAAUCCUCUGCCCGUGACCUGGCACCAGCUGUCUCUGUUCUACAGCUCUUCCUCUCUAGCUCAAAGCCAACCCUGAGAUUUGCUGCUGUCCGUACCCUGAGCAAAGUGGCAAUGACUCAACCCAGUGCUGUUACAGCUUGCAACUUGGAUCUGGAAAACUUAAUACAAGAUGUAAAUAGAUCAAUUGCAACUCUUGCAAUCACCACCCUGCUAAAGACUGGGUCUGAAGGGUCUGUAGAUAGACUCAUGAAGUCUAUCUCUUCUUUCCUCAAUGACAUAUCAGACGAAUUCAAGGUGGUGGUUGUUGAGGCAUUGCGUGCUCUAGCCCUCAAAUACCCAAAGAAGCAAGCAGUUCUCAUGUACCAACUUGCUGACAUGCUACGCAGUGAAGGUGGUCUGCCUUACAAGGAAGCCAUUGCUAGCACUAUUAUCACUAUUAUAGAAGAUAACCCCGAAGCAAAAGAGAAAGGUCUUGACCACUUGUGUGAAUUCAUCGAGGACUGUGAACAUACGACUUUGGCUGUGCGUAUAUUACACCUGCUUGGACGUGAAGGCCCUCGCACUCGACAGCCUGCUCGUUACAUCCGCUUCGUCUAUAACAGAGUCAUUCUUGAGAAUGCAGCUGUGCGAGCAGCAGCAGUGUCCGUUCUUGCCAAGUUUGGAGCACAGUGUGACUCUCUUCUGGACAACGUCCUUGUUCUCCUCAAACGUUGCAUGAUGGACACUGAAGAUGAGGUUAGAGACAGAGCAACCUAUUACCAUGCUGUUCUGUCUACGCGAGAUUCUGCACUCAUUCACCGCUACAUUUUAAAUCCUCCUCAGUUUGCUCUGCCAAGUUUGGAAAGAGCGCUUGGCCAGUACAUCAACAAUGACACCUCUGUUGCGUUUGACACAAAGACCAUUCCUACCGCUCCCCCGCCAGCAGAGGAGAAGAAAGCCCCAAGUAUCAUGGAGCCCGUACCUAGGAUAGAAGAAAGAGUUAUUCCUACACAUGAGAAGUAUGCCGAACAGCUUGCUGGUAUUCCACAGUUCACUCACCUUGGCCCUCUUUUCAAGUCGUCAUUGCCCUUGGAACUCACGGAAUCAGAGACAGAGUACAUGGUCCGCUGUAUUAAGCACACAUUCCAGAAUCAUAUUGUGUUACAGUUUGAUUGCACCAACACCCUAAAUGACCAACUAUUAGAAGACGUUAAUGUGGUUGUAGAAGGAGAUGGGUGGGAUGUGGAGGUCUCCAUCCCAUGCCACUCCCUGCCUUAUUCACAGCCUGGUUCUUGUUAUACCCUCUUAAGUAUUCCACAAGAUAUUAUGUCUACAACUGGUACCUUUUCAGCAACACUCAAAUUUAAAGUUAGAGACUGUGAUCCUGCUACAGGCGAGCCUGACACAGAUGAUGGUUAUGAGGAUGAUUAUACACUCGAAGAUGUUGAAAUUAGUGUAGCCGACCAUGUGCAGCGUGUAGCCCGCAGCAAUUUCGCGGCUGGGUGGGAUGAACUUGGGGCAGCCAAUGAGUUGGAAGAUACGUUUGCACUCUCUGCUAUGAACACCUUAGAAGAAGCUGUCACGCAGAUUACGCAGUUCCUAGGAAUGCAUCCGUGUGACCGUUCAGAUCGAAUUCCAGAUGGAAAGAGUGCCCACACCUUGUAUUUAGCAGGUACUUAUCGAGGUGGACACGAAGUGUUGGUCAGGGCUAAGCUGGCUCUUGCCGACGGUGUCACGAUGCAGUUGACGGUUCGAUCAGAUGACCCUGAAGUGUCGGAAGUUAUUGCAUCAGCAGUUGGUUAAAUUUCAGCUGUGUUUAAUUUUUACUUGUUUUUAAGGAAACCCCCUGUAUAAAAAGAUUUAAAAUUUUAUUUGCUAUGCCAUAAUUGUUCUCUAGUUUUUCAAGUAAUUUUGGUGAUACAGUAUAUAUAUUUUCUUUGUUAGGAAUCUUGAACAACUGUUGUAUUUAUUGAUAAUGUUGAUCUUCAAACAGAAAAGGUAACAAAAAAUUUUGCCUGGUUUAAUAAAUAUAUAUUCAGUAUCCA